GCAACAUGGCGACGGUGGCGGCAUCGUCACUGAGGCCGAGCGAUUAAAGGCAAAGCGGCUGCGAUGGCCGCCCACUUGAAGAAGCGCGUUUACGAGGAGUUCAGCAAAUCCGCGCAGCAGGAUGAGGGUGCCACCACCUCCUCUUCCGCUGCCUCCUCCGCCGCCGCUGCCGCCGCCGCCAAGCGCCUGCGGCUCAGCAAGCCCAGCAAGUCGGCGGCGCUGCACGUGGAGCUGUCGCGGGCGCGCGGCCCCGCCGAGGCGCUCAACUUGCUGCUGCACUUCGCCCGCCGCCCCGUGGAAGCCGAGAGCGCCGAGGGCGUGCUGCGGAUCCUGCUCGACCACUACUACAAGGAGUCGGAGAGCUCUGUGCGCCUGAAGAUUGCGUCGCUGCUCGGGCUGCUCACCAAGACCCCCGGCUUCACGCCCGACUCAGUCCUCGAUGACGUCAUCAACGCACUCAACUCUGAGAAGUCACACCAGGUGAGAGCCCAGCUGUUGGACUCCCUGCAGGCACUGGGCUCCCUGCAGUCUGAGGCCAGCGCCCUGCGGGCAAGGCUUGUCGAUGUCGCCUGCAAGUUUCUCACCGACUCCUACCAUGGUGUACGGAGCAAAUGUCUACAGCUGAUUGGCCUGUCUGGGGAGCCUUUCCAGCCAGUUGUGAAGGAGGGUGAUGGGGCUGCACCGCGAGAUGUGCAAAGGAUUUUGGGAGAUUCCUUCACUGACCAGGAUGCCAGGGUCCGGACCAGUGCCAUCAAUGCCAUGUUGCAGCUGCACGACCGUGGCGUGAAGUUGGACCAGAGCGUCUAUCAGCAGACUUGCCAGGCUCUGUCUGACGACUAUGAACAGGUCCGGUCAGCGGCUGUGAGACUCAUCUGUGUUAUCAGCCAGAUUUACCCUGAAAGUGUGGUGCCGGUUCCUUCCUCCAAUGAGGAGAUCCGUCUGGUGGACGACGCUUUUGGCAAGGUCUGCCAGGUGGUGAGCGACGGUUCUCUGCUCGUCCGAGUGCAGGCUGCCAAGAUGCUGGGAACAAUGCUGAAUGUGAGCGAGAAAUUUCUGGAGCAGACUUUGGAUAAAAAGCUCAUGUCGGAUCUCAGGCGCAAGCGCAGCGCCCACGAGCGCUCGCGGGAGCUCUUCACGUCGGGCGAGUUCUCGUCGGGGCGCAAGUGGGCGGACGAUGCGCCCCGCGAGGAGCUCAGCACCGACGCCGUGAGCCUCAUCAACCAGGGCGCGUGCGGGGCCCUCGUUCACGGCCUGGAGGACGAGCUGUACGAGGUGCGCAUGGCGGGCGUGGAAUCGCUGUGCUCCCUGGCGCUCACCUCGCGCUCCUUCGCCACCAAGUGCCUCGACUUCCUCGUGGACAUGUUCAACGACGAGAUCGAGGACGUGCGGCUGCAGUCAAUCCACGCACUGCGCCGCAUCUCCACGAACAUCACGCUGCGCGACGACCAGCUCGGCACCGUGCUCGCUGUGCUUGAGGAUUCGUCGCGGGACAUCCGGGAGGCGCUGCAGGAGCUGCUGUGCUAUACGAGUGUGGCCACCAAGUCCGGCGUCCACAUGGCGCUCCUGGAGCUGCUCAAGAACCUGACCAAGUACCCGUCGGACCGCGACUCCAUCUGGACGUGCCUGAAGCACAUGGGCGCCCGCCACCCCACGCUCGUGCUGUCGCUGGUGCCAGAGCUGCUCAACACUCACCCAUUCUUCGACACGCCCGAGCCAGACAUGGACGACCCUGCAUACAUCGCCGUGCUGCUGCUCGUGUUCAACGCUGCCCAGAGCUGCCCGACCAUGACUGCCCUCUUCCCUGACCACACUCUCCGCCACUACACCUACCUCAGGGACAGCCUCUCCCACCUGGUGCCCUCCCUGCCGGGCUGCGUUCGGGGCUCCAUGUGCGAGGCCCCCGCGGCCGUGGAGGCCGGCGACGCCCGCUUCCUGCAGCAGAGCCUGGAGCGCGUGCAGCAGCUGCGGCGCGCAGACACGCCCGGGGCGGCACGGCUGCUGCAGCUCACCAUCCGGGACUUGAAGCGAUUGGGGGAGUUGCAGCCUGAACUCACGGGAGCGGCAGAGUUUUCUGCGCUCUACCUGCAGUGUAAACUGCUGCUCACGGAGGCUCUCCAGGACAAAGUGUGGUCCAUGGCCGUCCCCCUGUAUCUGCCUCAGGACAGCACAGCCUCCAAUGCAGCCGCCCAGAUCGUGGAGCACACCUACCGCCUGGAGUUCCUCUUCGGGGGCCUGGAGCCGCUGCAGGUGGCGAUGGUGCGGCAAACGCGGCUGGAGGCGCAGGCGCUGGAGCUCGUCCUCCAGGCACGCACCAACCAGGGGGAGGAGCCACUCCUAAGCCGAUGCGAGAAGUUCCUGCAGGAGGUGGAAGACUUCCAGAGGUGCCUGCACGCCGAGCUGGGCCGUCUGCAGGGCGGCUUUGUGGAGCGGUUGCUGGAGGCGAUGCCGCGCCUCGCCUGCUGCAAGCCGGCCGAGAUGAUCUGCAUCCUGCACACGCAGCUGCAGCACACCACCUUCGUGCCCAUGCAGCUUCCCCCGCAGGUGCGUCAGGCGCGCGCCACCAUCCUGGAGCCGACGGGCGAGUCGGACAACCCGUUGCGCUUCACGGCGGGGCUGGUGCUGGCACUGGACGUGGACGCCAAGUUGGAGAACGUGCCGGAGCCCCACCGCACCGUGCGCGUGCAGGUGGUGUACCCUGACGGCCAGGCCCAGAUCAUCCACCCGCGGCCGGGAGACUUCCGCAAUCCCCGCGAGGGGCAACACCGCCUCAUCACCCAGGUGUACAUGUCUCACGCCGCGUGGACAGAGCCGUGUCACAUCGAGCUGUCGCUGAUGCUGGCGUUCUCCGCCGACAGCGGCCGGGUCGGCGUCGGCCCCGCGCCGUCGUGCCUCUCGCCGAGCCCCGUCUCGUGGCUGGAGAGCGCCGACCCUGGCCCGCCGCCCCCCGCCAACCCGGUGGAGGGCACGGUGCCGCUGUGCCGCCCCGUGCGUGUCUACGUGAUGCCCAAGCCCACGCGACGCUAGGCCGCCUGGAGAAACCCUCGCCCAGCGGUGGGCUGGCGGAUGUGAAACAUCGGGCAGCCGCCAAAUACUUCCUUGGGUAGUGGGAGGUUCCUUCGGAAUGCCGGGUGUUGCAGGCUCGGGAUACUAAAUGACCCGACCAAGAGAUGGCAGUACAGCAAGUGGAGCGUUGACAUUGAUCGAAACUACAUUAUUUUGUAUUUUACCAGGUAAGGCUCACGGAGCUGUAUCGCUCUUGUUUUUAGGAGCUACCCGGCUACAAACGAUAGCCUAACGAAGUGGAUUUUCAUGUGGAAAUAUAUAGCAGCCAAAUGCUCUAAACGCAUGUUUCUAAAUGGGGGGGGAACAACCGGAGGACCCGGAGAAAAAUCCAUGCGACCACAGAGAGAGACGGACACCGCAAACUCCAAAUAUACAGCAGGCGUCAGGAUCGGGAUCGAACCCACGACAUCCUGUAUACCAGGCGAGGUAGUUAACAUCUCCUAGCCACCGCGGUGAACUGUGCAUCCUCUACAGACCUGUGGUGGCAGGGUGGGGGGGGGGGCGCUGGAGGGGGCUGAGCCAUCUAAAUCGUCAUGUUCACCAUCAACCUGAAACAAUCCACUGUUGGAUGAAGGCCUCCCCAGACGUUAAACCAUAUUUUACAAUCCUGCAAUGUAAUAAUUGACCGAGUCGUCAAGUCGGCAAUGUUGACACGCAGGGUGCGAACUAGAGCAGAAUGCACACGGACAAAGGUGGAUUUUGCCGUUGGUCAUUCUGAGGACUUGUUCCAAGUUUGUUUAACAUUGACUGUUUCAUGGCCCCCUCCUGAGUAUGCCCCCCCCCCUAUUUAAACGAGGUCACGCUACGCGACUAGCCGCUCCUCUGGGUUCAGUCGGGCUGCUGAGCGAGCGAGACCGCCUUGACAGAGCAGCUGGAAGUCAGGGAGGCAGGAAUAAUGAUCAUUAUAAAUAUUACACUUUUGUUUUAGGCAAAGUGGGCACCCAUCCAACCGCCAUCCAGGUUCAACUCUGUUCAGCUUUCACAUUGUGACGAGAUCGGACACAUUACGGUUGGUUAUUGGCUGCUGUGGGGCUACGUGGUGGGCAGCCGUGGGCAAUGCAGCAAAAUCCAUUGUUGUAAUGUACUUCUAUGCUAUCACGUCUAUGUUCUGAACUAUGACCAGGCCGCACUGACCAGCGUGGUGAAGCAAGGUCUAAUAACUCGCGUGACCCGCACGGCAUGUGGAGGCUUUCAUCCAGCAGUGGAUUGGCAAAAGUGCGGUGUAUGUACAUUCCACAUUCGUUGCUGAGCGAUGUGCAUCUUGAUUUGCACACCGCUGAGAAGGCAUUUGGCAUUGUCUGCCGACGCGAUGUACUGCCUACACUUCUCUCUUUGUGUCGCGUGCCUGUCGAUUCUCACCAUUCCAAUGGGCCACCUGGUCCUCGCCCGUUCAAUAAAAUCUCCAGCAGGAGUUUACAUUAAAUAUCAUAAUUGUAUUUUGUUAAUGCUCGUGUUGAUUAAAAACCAAGGGUCACUGCAGGUGUUACUUUCACCUGGCCAGAGAUUCCCACCAUUGGACCUCUAAACCAGUCCCUUCAUUGGAAUUACAAACUUGCAGAUUAUGCGUCUGGACCCUCUUCAUCAUAUCUCCAAGUUUCAAGUUUUAUUUUGAUUGGCUAGGCGAGAACUCGGGAUAUGAGGAAGGUCUCAUUUGCAAGGUGCGACAAAAGCAAUAACGUUGACGCAGAAAUAAAACCAGAGCAUUAACAAUCAAAUAAAAACAACCACGUAUUGGAAGAAAAUGAAAACGUUGCACCGAGUCGAUAUUAAAUCAAAUAGAUUUUCAGGAAAAAAGUUGGCUCUUGCAAGUUUAUUAAAAAAAGAACUCCAGACUCUGGACCAGUGGUUCUUAACCUUAACUGCAGCAUUGCACCCCCGUGGUUCUCAAUCGUAAAAACAAUCUACAACGUUUAUAAACAGGGUUUGUAUUAUAAACACACAGAGGGUUUGAUGAAGCAAAGUAGUUGUACUUACGUGCCCGUGAUGAAUUUGUCUUUCGAUGAUUUCCCUUCUAAAACAAUUGGCCACGUCUGUGGACCCUGCUCGGGACCCCCACCCCAUUCGGACAUUCAGACCCCUCUUCUCAGUAGGCUCCCAAGUCGCGACCAAACGCAUUUUAAGUUCCACUCGAUCCGAGAGAUUCUCCAUGAUGUAUGCUGACUUUCCUCUCAAGUUUGAAAAACUUGUAUGUCGUCGUUAUAGCGUUCGUUAAAAUUGGUUGUGAUUUUUCUUUUUAACAUGCAAGCGAAGUCAUUAUGAUGUUUGUGCCACCAGCGUGUAAAUAAAGGCAUUUAAAAAUUG